UAAGGUGUGUGUGUAUGCAGAUAAAUCCCAGGCGCACCUAUGAUGUCUAAACCGCGGGCCUCAAGUGACAGAGCCCCCGGAACACUGCGGUUCGUAGCGACUGUUAAUGCUAGCAUCAAGCACAGUGACCAUAUCAGUUACGCUACCUUAUAGUCUUCCUGGCAGUGAAUGGAAACAUUUCCCGCAUAUUGUUCGUUGUGUUUGCCAAAAUGAUCCCUCCAUUUUCUUUCGCAUCGUGGGUAGCGGAGAAUGAGGAUAAACUCCGUCCCCCGGUCAACAAUUACUGCCUCUACUCCGGCGAGGACUUUACUCUGAUGGUUGUCGGGGGACCCAAUGCUCGAAAUGACUACCACGUCAACCAAACCGAAGAAUGGUUCUAUCAGGUCAGAGGCGACAUGCUUCUGCAUAUCAUCGAGAAUAAUACAACUUUUCGCGAGAUAUCUAUCAGGGAGGGAGAGAUGUUCUUACUUCCCGGGAACACGCCGCAUAACCCAGUCCGAUUCACGGAUACGAUCGGCCUAGUCAUGGAGCGCAAGCGGCCAGAAGAUACCUUAGAUCGUCUACGAUGGUACUGUAGAAAGGGACAGCAUGAGGAACCAACAAUCAUACGCGAGGAAGUCUUCCACUGUGCUGAUCUGGGCACGCAAUUGAAGCCAUUGAUUGAGAGAUGGCAGACGGAUGAGGAGAGUCGGCGAUGUGGGGCCUGUGGAGUGAUCGCGGAUCCGAAAUAGCUCUCGGAUUAUAAAUUAUGGAGCGCGCGGUGGUAGUUAAUCUAUAUGGUUUGCUUGG